GCCUUCUCUUCUGUAAGCAAGUGCUGUAAAGGGCUGAGUGUUUAUAGGGUAACAAAAUCUUGAAAGUAAAUGCAUUUUUUUCAGGGACAGUAAGCUGAAUUUGGCCCUGGAAACAAGCCACACAGCAGAAUCAUAAAUUAAUGUAUUACCUCAUUAGAUAAUGUUUUUCUUUCUAACUCCAUUCCCAGUGCAAGUCAGAAUGCCUACUGCUUCAUGUGCACAUCCAGAUUUACACCUUUACUGUCUUUUGAAGUUGAGGUAGCAAACGGGACACAGGAAGAGUCCAAGUACAACUUGGAGUCCAAGACAACAUGGCAGCACACUGGAGAAAAGUCCUGAUAAUAUGUGUGACAGCUCAAGUACUACUUGUAAAUGCCUUUGAGGAAGAGGAUGUACCUGAGGAAUGGAUUCUUCUUCAUGUUGUUCAAGGUCAGAUUGGAGCUGGAAACUACAGCUAUUUGAGACUAAAUCACGAGGGAAAGAUAGUCCUUCAGAUGCGAAGUUUAAAAGGUGACGCGGACUUGUAUGUAUCUGAUGUGACACUGCACCCCAGCUUUGACGAGUACGAGUUACAGUCUGUAACCUGUGGCCAAGACAUGGUCCACGUGCCUGCACACUUCCGCCGCCCUGUGGGAAUAGGGAUUUACGGCCAUCCCUCUCACCUGGAGAGCGAGUUUGAAAUGAAAGUGUACUACGAUCGAACAGUUGUACAGUACCCAUUUGGUGAGGCUUCUUAUAACCCUGAGGAGAUGGAGGCAAACCAGAAAUACUCACAGUCUACAGAAGAUGAAUCUCAGGAUGAGGAGUCUGUUUUCUGGACUAUACUUAUUGGAAUCUUGAAAUUAAUACUUGAAAUUCUUUUUUAAAUUGAUACACACUGGACUAAGUCACACUUCAGCCUGUGAAAUUGAGUAUCAAUGACAUGCUGUAAUAUUUAAUACUCUUUGUCAUGUUUCCUGAAGAGGUAUUCAGGUUACAUUUCCUAAACCAGAAAGGAGGCGGGGAGAAAAAGCCAUAUUUAAUUUUAUAUUGUAAAUCCUCCCCUAUAUGUAAAAUGAGCAGCAAGCACAGUAUUUACAGUGCUCUUCAGAGAUCAGGGCUUAAAAAUGAAUGUAUAGUUGGGAUCUUGUUAACUUCACUUUUAAAUAGGUGCUUAGAAAGAUCAACUCCAAUUCAGUAUUUUCUAUUGUUUUUUAUAAAGAAAAAUGAAAUAAACUCCUGCACUUCAGUCCCCCCCAAAUAUCCUCAAUUUAGAGCAUAUUUAAAAAUAAAACCUGCUGCUUUUCAAGCAAGUAUCUCUACUAAAACUAACUAGAAAUGGGUUUGAGUGUAUUCAUCAAGUUGAGGAGCCUAGGGCAAAGGAAGGAGAAAACAAUCACCUAAGGGGAUAGGUGGUCUGUAUUUUGGCUGUGUGUGCUCUGCAUCACGUCAGCCAUCUGUCAAGCAGAGAUCUAUCCAGUCACUCAUCGCCACUGCAAAUCCAUGACCUGAAUGAAGUGCAUGUUGCUUCUUUGCUGUUACUGUAGUGAGAGGGAGCCUUCAGCUGUUGUUACUUGUCAGUAUGACAUUUCCAUGUCUCAUUAAAAACAACACAGCAUAUAGUAUCUCGAACUUGAGGGGUGCUUUCUUACACUUCCCUUUAUAGCUUUUUUGAUUGAUCUCUUUUUUUUAGCACAUCUUUAUGCAUAAGUCAUUAGCUUGCAAAGAAAAUUUCUGCUGAAAGGAAUUUGCAGUACACUGUAAGAAGGUCAUGUCAUACCCACUCUUCCUCUAAAGUUACUUUUCCCAGGAAUAUUUUUUCUUUGGUUGAGUCUUUCAAAAUAACCAGUUGCUAUGCAAGUAGAGUAUAUUUAAAAUGCUCUGUAGUUUUCUUUUCAUGGAGCUUACUGAUGAGUGCACUAAAAUAAACAAGUACAUUACUAUAAUUUUAUACAAGUAGUGGAUG